AGGACGUUGUGCAGGUUCCUGCUGAAAAAAAAGCGCGCGAAACAAAAACGCCGGGUUUUUUACGCGGAUCGCGCGUACAAACUUUUUGCGCCGAAAGAUAUAUGCGACUUUUUUUUGAGUUGGGGAAGCAUAUGGUCGUCCCAAAGUUUCGUGGCCCCUUUUUUGCGCCCACCACGAUCACUUUUUGUGUUCUAGCAGGUGGAUAUUGUUUGUUGUUUGUUUUCGUCGAGUAAGCGCGAUCUAGCAGUAUCUACCUGCCGCUUAAUUGAUUAGUAACAAGAAUAAUAAUAAUAGUUAAUAAUAAUUUGUGUGCAUUGUUAAUACGUAAAAUGGAUUUGUAAUAAGACUGCUCUUAAAACAGAAUUUCGGGCUCUGGGGGAUUUUUUGUUUGUUCGCGAGAUAACCAAGUUAGUGUUUUCUCAAUAAUGGACCGACAAAAAGUUAUUAGCAGUUCAUUUGUUUUCAUGACCAUGUUGACUUUAGUGUAAACGUACGUUAGUUGGAUGAGAAACGUAAAGCAAAAGUGUGUUUUUUAAUUGGAUCUCAUGAAACAUGUUACAAAGUGAUCAUAUUUAGUUGGAACUGUUAAACUACCUUCGUUAAGGGCCUACAGUGAAAUAUAAGUGCGAGACAUGUAUCCCUGGUACAGAGCCGACUCUGUAGGUGGUCAAUUAGGUCAGCUGUGCGGACCCAUGGCCACCACCAUCAAGACAGAAAACGGGUACAAUGACUGCAUGCUAGCCCUAGACUACGCCACUCAAAGCAAGAAAGCUUUUGGAUGGGACAGCGGUCAGACGGGCGGCAGUCCCGCUGGUCCCCAAGCGGGGGGCGUGGGGGGCCAGGGGGCACAAGGUUUGGUCCAUUGGAUGAGUGUUAUGGCGGAACAUAUGGACCCGGCCAUGUCGCACUACAUGUCAUGGAACCAAGAGUGUGCUCAACAUGACAAAGAUGGUUACCCAAACUGGACCAGAAAUCCGAUGGGUAUAAAUAAACAGGGUUACGAAGCAAAAAUGAGUGAUAGCCAAAAUCAAAUGCAUAAAGGGAUGGAAGAUCACCAUAUACCGGGUGGCCCAAGUAUUUACGCAAGUGGUAGGUCGACUUCUAGUAGUUCUAGUCCAGGGGUAGCCGGCUCAAGUCCGGCCCUGCUCGUUGUUCCUCAACCUAUCAAUGCAACAAAAAUGGGUGGUAUGCAAAACGGUGGACCACAGCCCAGAAAGUACCAGUGCAAGAUGUGUCCGCAGGUUUUUGGGUCCAAAGCUGAACUUCAAUUGCACACGCAGGCACAUAUGCGUGAAGCCAAACCUUACAAGUGUUCCCAGUGCUGUAAAGCCUUUGCAAAUAGUUCCUACUUGUCACAGCACACCAGGAUACAUCUCGGUAUCAAACCCUACAGGUGCGAAAUAUGUCAACGAAAAUUUACCCAACUAUCUCACCUUCAGCAACACAUCCGAACGCAUACGGGGGACAAACCGUAUAAAUGUCGGCAUCCAGGUUGUCAGAAGGCUUUCUCCCAGCUCAGCAACCUUCAAUCCCAUUCCCGCUGCCAUCAGACGGACAAACCGUACAAGUGCAACUCAUGUUACAAAUGCUUCAGCGACGAGCCCUCCCUACUCGAGCACAUUCCCAAGCACAAGGAAAGUAAACACUUGAAGACGCACAUUUGUCAAUAUUGCGGGAAAAGCUAUACUCAAGAAACCUAUCUGCAAAAACACAUGCAAAAGCAUGCAGAAAGGACUGACAAGAGGCCUCCAAUAGGUCCUGGACUAGGACUAAAUCAUCGAAGUCUGGAUCAUCCGUAUUGGCCAAAGGUGAGUCCGGACAGUGCCGAGAAUAUGCACGACUAUCCCAACGACAUUCCACGCCAAAUUCUGGAGCAGAACGAAGACCUGGUGAUAAUUCGACAGCAGCUGGGUCAGAACCCUCCCGCGCCACCCAGCACCCCCAGUGCAAUGAACUACGACACGACCAUAACGAAAUCGAAUGCGAAUUCGGCCUUCACCCCCAUCAGUUCCAUGUCCGGUCAUCUAAAUCUCAAUCAGCAGUUGGCGCCGAACAGGCCCUACCUUUACGACGCGAUCAGCUUCCAAAAGCAGAAUUCUCUGGACCUCCAGAAGUCCCAGGCAUCGAACGGGUUCCCGAACCAGCUCAUUUCGUUGCACCACAUCAGGAACUACGCGCACCAGCCUAACUCAAGUCUGAUGGAACAUUCCAUUUUAGGUGGUUUAAAGGAUAAAUAAAAUUUCGUCGUCGUUUUAAAUACGUGUAAAAAAAGUUUUUAUCGAUGUACAACACAUGGAUUCGUUGUUUAUGAUGGGAGAUGGGAUUUGAAGAAGAAGGAGUGGGAGAUGUGGUAAUAAUGGAGAAGGAUAUAGGGCGGAUAUUGAAAGGUACGGGGUGUUAUUAUCCUUUAACUUCGUUGUUUUUUUUUUUUUUAAUUUUGGAACGGUUAACUAUACUGCGGGCAGUAUUAGUUGCUCUUUUUUAUUCAAAUUAGGUGUUUAAUUAUUAUGUAACUGAAUCGAAACUAACGGUAAUAUUUUUUAAUUGAA